AUGAAGGCUCUUCUCAAAAAACCAUCCUUACAACCUAACCAGCCAGUCAAUGACAAGGAUCCUGUUCGGCUUGCGUUCCUUGGUGGCCCCAAGUGUGGGAAAAGCGCCCUUAUCUCUAAACUUACGAGUGGAAAUUUCAGCGACACCUACUAUCCACUGAGAAGCACACUUCCAAUUCUUUUCGAGUAUACCCCUUCACCGAAGCAAAUAGAAAAUGUGUUGGACCCAACAGCGCCAAAUCGGACAUUGGAUAGGGCUACACGAGCAGACAAUGUUGUUUUGAGUCCUGUUAUCUAUAAGGCGCUCGUGAAGGAUUAUUCCAAAACACCAGCCUCUGUCUCGGACCCGGACCUGGACCUCAUCUCAUCCAAUGAGAUAUACGCCACAUUUAAGCCAUCUAGCAACCAGGGUCAUAAAAAUGUCACCCCAAUACUCACAGAGCUUAUCGAUACCCCGAGUUUCAACCCCAACCAGAUUGUGCCUUUCUUAGAGGCAUCUUUGUAUAUCAAACUAGAUAGAGAUGUUCUUCACAACCUCGCUGACGAACCACGACGGCCUGUCAACACAAAUCCUCUAUUGGUAGCUAGUGGCGCAGGCGAAAUGAAUGGCGAUGUGGAUGGAUACUUUUUUGUUUACACUGCCGUGCCUUCUCUCGAUCCUCCAGGCUAUGAGGAGAGUAUGCAACAGGAAGUUGUCAGAGAUGGACCCGAUAUUUCUCCCUAUUCAUCUUCUGAAUCAUACAAUGAAAACGGGACGUUAAAGUCGGUCACAAUGCACAGAAACUCUCAGGCAAAGUCUUUUAAUCUCCUUCCCAUUAUGAAAGAAGCUCUCGACGAAGCGUGGCGUGAAUACUACACAUACAAGACACGCUGGUACCACGGAGAAGAAGGUGACGUAUUCUCCCUCAAGUCCGCAUUGAAGAACAUGUUGUCAGAGAAAUCUGAGGCUCCAACCGCUCCAGUACCCAAGUUGAAAUUGCUAGAGACGCCUGUGGACCCUGCUGAUCCAGCUUCACCACCACCAAUCUGGAUAGUAUGCACUCAUAAAAACCUGCCUUUGGCUUCGCCAAAAUUAAUCGCUGAUGGAAAGCGCUUAGCCAAAUUGUGGAAAUGUGGAUUUGUGGCGUUGGACUUGACUGACGAUAUCGAAGACUCGUUGGCAUGGAUGAUCCGUGAUUUAGUGGAGCGGAAGAAAAUACAGAAGAACAAGAAAAGGAAAUACUAA